UGGAUUAGAGCGUCACUGUCCAGUACAGGGCAUCAAUCAUCCGAUGCGAGGGACUCGACGCCGGUGAAUAAACGAGUCACAUUUAACAAGAGUUUGGACGGAAUCUUUAUGGGAAAUGGGGGUACCAAUACGAGAGAAUAUUUGGACACGAAAAUCUGUAUUUUUUGGUGUCGGGUUAACAUCUUCCUUAUCCAUAUUUGUUUGAAAUCUCCCGGUGCAAAUCACAGCAGUAGCACGCUAACGCGUUCCAUCGCACUACAUCUGCAGUUGUUGGUCGGUGACAAACUAGCUACCGUUAGUUAGCUGUAACCAGAAUAUGGAUAUUUUUGUAAAGACAAUAGAGAUGAUUGUGCUCGAGCGUUUAGCUGCUUUUACGUUAUGACCUGCUAACGUUAGUACUGUAUUGGAAAUCUGACCGCUAAACCCAUUCCUCUGUAGUCAGUGGUAUCAAGGUGACGGAUGGAAGUAGCUAAGCUAAAGCCACUGGACUUGUGAACCGGUGUAGAUAAACUAACUAUGGCUAAUGCUAUGUGCCGUGGAAUGUUGUACGCUAGCUAGCGACACAUUGAGUAACUAGCUAGCAGCUACCAUGAAUUAUAUUGUGUUAGCUAACCUCCGACAGAUGUUGGGUGUUAUGUCGGCAAUCAAAUGUAAUAUGUAAUGUAUACCACGGGCUUACACCAUGUAUGUGGUUGGCCUCGUCCUUGUCAACCCCUGUGGUUGACACAUGUAUCGGUUUUUAAAAGCAAACAGCGGGAUAAAAACGCUGUCACCGGGUAGUGGUGCUGAAAAGAAAGAACAUAAUUUCUGUCGCUAGCUCGCUACAGUACUGUAGCUAUGGGAGCUAGCUAGCUAUAUAGCUAGCAGCACAUUAUAGCUAGCUAACCCCCUCAGAUUUUAUCAAUGGUGUCUAAUAAAUUUUUAUUCGCAAUAAUUCUAUUAUAUGUGUAUAUAGGUGUACAGUCAUUAUUUUACUUUUUUGGCGGCGUCGUUUUAACUAUUUUGGUUGCUAUGGCAUUUUUAAAUGGACCCAGACUAUUAGACUGGGCGAAUUCACCUCCUCAUCUUCAAUUCAACAAAUACGUCCUGACUGGAUACCGACCAAUAUCUUCUGUCCAAGACUGUAUAAGAAGCCUUUUUUACAUGCACAACGAACUGGGAAACAUAUACACACAUGGUAUCCCUCUGCUCUGCUUCCUGUUCCUCAUCCCGCUCAACUUCCCCUGGUCCCAGAUCAGUGUGACAUGGCUGGGUGUGGUCCACUUCCUGGCCUGCCUGUCCCCCCAGCUGGGCUCUGUGCUCUACCACCUCUUCAUGAACCACGAGGGAGGAGAGCCUGUCUACCACACUCUUCUCACCCUCGACAUGUGUGGCAUCUGUAUGAUCAACACGCUGGGAGCGCUGCCCAUCGUCUACAGCACCCUGCUGUGCUACCCAUUCACCCGCACAGUGGCUCUGCUCGUCUACAUCCUGCUGUCCAGCUACGCUAUCUACUCGGCCAUCACGGCGCGGAGUAGCGUGCGGCGCCUGCGCUCCUUUGCCUGGCAGGCCCUGUUCCGCUUCUCCUUCUUCCUGCUGCGCUGGGUGGGUGUGGGCGGCGGCAGCCCCACCUCGCUGCAACACUUCCUCACCAUGGACGCGCUGGCUGUACUGGGCGGAAUCAUCAACAUCUCGCGCAUCCCAGAGCGCUUCCGCCCGGGCCUCUUUGACUACUGGUGCAACAGCCACCAGAUCAUGCACGUGCUGGUGGUGGGCUCCAUCCUCUACCUGCACUGGGGUGUGCUGGACGACCUGCUCUGGAUCAACAGCCACCACUGUCCCUCAGACUGAGCCCCACCCUGCCUGGAGGGGGACCAGCGGGGAACAGGGUUUAGGACCUCU